AUGUCAGAGAUCCGCCGAAAACUAGUCAUCGUCGGCGAUGGUGCUUGCGGAAAGACCUGUUUGCUUAUCGUCUUCUCGAAGGGCACAUUUCCCGAGGUCUACGUCCCUACCGUCUUUGAAAACUACGUGGCCGAUGUCGAGGUCGAUGGUAAACGGGUCGAACUUGCACUCUGGGAUACCGCCGGCCAGGAAGAUUACGACAGGCUCCGACCGUUAUCUUACCCCGACUCGAACGUGAUCUUGAUCUGCUUUGCGAUCGACUCGCCCGAUUCGCUCGAUAACGUCCAAGAGAAGUGGAUCUCCGAGGUCCUACACUUCUGCCAAGGCCUUCCGAUCGUCCUCGUUGGCUGCAAGAAAGAUCUCAGGACUGACCCCAAGACGAUUGAAGAAUUAAGACGAACCAGCCAAAAACCCGUGACACCCGAAGAGGGAAUGGCCGUCGCACAGAAGAUUGGCUCGCAGCGUUACCUCGAGUGCAGUGCAAAACUGGGUCAAGGGGUUCGCGAAGUGUUCGAGCACGCAACUCGGUACGCAUUGUUGGCCAAGAAGGGUGGUGGUAGACGCAAUCGCACCAAGUGCAGCAUCUUGUGA